AUGAAGCCGGCUCAGAAGGAUUCGUCGCUGGCGACCCUGUUGCUGGUCGCUGCGAACCUCUUGAUCCCGGCUGCCAUCCUGACCUUUGCUACUGGCUUCUUCCCUUACAAGCCGCUGCUGCCGGGCCUGGCGCGCUAUGAGGACUCGAGCUACGGCGCCUCGGCCCCGGCAGCGCCGUUCGACCGUGUCGUCUUCAUGGUCGUCGACGCUCUGAGGAGUGACUUUGUGUACACUGCCAACUCGGGCUUUCAGUUUACCCAAUCCUUGAUCCGAGAUGGAGCGGCCCUGCCCUUCACAGCGCACGCCACCUCGCCCACGGUGACGAUGCCGCGCAUCAAGGCGAUCACCACUGGGUCCAUCCCAUCGUUUCUCGAUGUCAUUCUCAACGUCGACGAGGGCGACAAGUCGUCUUCGCUGGCGAGCCAAGACACGUGGCUUGCGCAGAUGAAGGCCAAGGACUCGGGCAAGCUCGUGCUAUACGGUGACGACACCUGGCUGAAGCUGUUUCCCGAGACGUUCGACCGGGCAGACGGGACUUCCAGUUUCUUUGUUGCUGAUUACACAGAGGUUGACAACAAUGUCACCCGUCAUAUCACGGACGAGCUCAAGAAUGACGACUGGAACACUCUGGUUCUUCAUUAUCUGGGACUGGAUCAUAUUGGGCACAAGGGAGGUCCACGAAGCCCAAAUAUGGUGCCCAAGCAGCACGAAAUGGAUGGCAUUGUUAAGGAGAUUUAUACUGCCAUAUCCUCUUACAAGCAUCUCCAGUCCACAUUGCUGAUCCUCAUCGGGGACCACGGCAUGAAUGAUGCGGGUAACCACGGGGCCUCCUCCGCUGGCGAGACGUCUCCCGCACUUGUCUUUAUGUCGCCAAAGCUCUCGACACUCACCGACAAAGUUGAAGUCCCAUUGGAGGACCGCGAGGACUUUCAAUUCUACUCAACCAUUGAACAGUCUGAUCUCGCUCCUACACUGGGUGGCCUGUUGGGGUUCCCGACGCCGAAGAACAAUCUCGGGGCGUUCAUUUCAGGAUUCCUGCCCUUGUGGCCGAAGCAAGAGGACCGGGUUCAGUUGCUCAUGCGAAACGCCGAGCAAAUCCUUGGCAUUAUCACAGCCAGCUUUGGCAAGGAGCGUUUCGCCGCCGCUGCGCAGGUCGAAGACUGUAGAACGUUGACCGAUGAUAUCGACGAGCUCGCCUGCGACUGGCAAGCCAUUGCUAAUCAAGCCAAAGCAGCAGCCCAGUCGGCCGAAGACAAUGCGGAAUGGAUACCCCGGGCAUCGAAUUGGCUCAGAAGGGCUCAGAACAUCAUGAGCAGCAUGGCCAGCAACUAUGAUAUGCCUAGAAUUAUCCUCGGCCAGGCAUUGGCUUUCGGCGCCAUAGUCUGCUCGGUGUUCGCUACAUAUCUCUCUGCGAGAGACAGCGCCGGCGCAUACUCCUCCCUGGCUCUGAUCAGCCUGCUCUACAGCAUCAUGAUGUUUGCCAGCAGCUAUGUGGAAGAGGAACAGCACUUUUGGUAUUGGGCAACCAGCGCAUGGCUCGCCUCCAUCGCGUUCAAUGGCUUCAACCGGUUCGUCGACCCUCUUCACUUGCAAAUGCCAACGACUAACGUGCCCGACAGCCCAGUCAAGUCCAGAGUCAGCCACAUAUCGUCCCUCAUCGUGGCUUUUGCUGCCUUCCGCAUCAUCAGGAGCUGGAACCAGACCGGCCAGAAGUUCGCUGGUGAGCCCGACCUCGUGAAGACCUUUCUCCACCCCAACCCGCUGCUGCUCUGGACGCUCGUGUGCAUCACCUACCUCUGGAUCCAUAGAGAGCUCGUCCGCGGAUUCGGCAAUAUUCCGAUGCUUGUCAAUGUCAUGGGUUCGACCGGCCUUGUCCUCGCCGCUUUUACGUUCAAGCUGGCCUUCACGCACGAGGAUUCGCCAGAGCUCCUCCGGGGCAUCCCCGACACCCUCAUCGCCCUGACACAAGGUGCCACACUGGUCGCCCGCGCCCGCGCCGUGUUCAUCGGCCUGGGCGUGGCGACAGGUGGCGUGCUCCUAGCUCUGCUAUCCCGGCGGCCCCUGUCCAAUAAAGCAACCAGUAAGCACACAUACACACGCAACCCUGCAAUACAAGAGAUCCAAAACCACCCUCCUCCCGUUGACUAA